GUGUCCUGUCGCACCAAGUUGGCAAUAUUGGCUUCGUCAAUUCGCCGCUGGGAACCAGCUGCUUGUGACUCCUGUCUUAAACUUUUUUUUUUGAAAAUAUUGAAACCCCAAAAAUUUGUUCUUUUGAUUUCUUAGAACAGAAUUGUUACAUCAAUGAACUUGUUACGGAAUUGGAAGCUUUUAGGAAGUAUUGUUUAAUGGUUAGUUACUACUCAAACCCAAUUUGAAUUUGGAAUUGACAAAUUCGUAAAUGAGUUUUGACUAAUAUCGAAAUAAACAAUUGCUUCGAAUUCAAUAACCAAACUUCUCGAAUCGUUUCUAAAUCUGUCACUUUAACUGACAAUUUUAGAGUAACUAUUGUUAUGCAUGAACUUAUUUAAACAUUAGUGUCGCUUAGUAUAUUUGAUCGUUUGUUAUAUCAACUUCCCUAAAAUUAAAUUAUUUUCUGCCUGCAUUUAUAUCCUGUAAGAUCCAAGAUCCCCAAAAGUGAAUAUUAAAGUUUUAAAAGUUUUAGGUAUGUUAAUAAAUUCAAUGGUUUAUUCUAUUUACACAAUUCCUACUGUGACAAUAUUAAGCUUGGAAGAUGAAAUGCAGAAAAAAGCUAUACAGGAAGUAACGGCAAACAGUUAUACAACAUGGAAAUGUGUGAAAGUCACAUCACUAAAGUUAUUUGACGAGAUGAUAUCCUUAAAAGUGAUUCCCAUAUGGCGGGGAAUUCGAUUAGUUCGGGUUGCCGAUUACGUAGAUGACAGGAUGACUGAUCCAAGUGAUGCUGCUCAAAGGGAUGUCGAAGGUUUUUUGUAUCUGGAUCAAAUAGCGGAAAGAAUGACGAAGAUUCUACAAACGCAUGCCCUGCAAGUUAGCCUUAAGGACAUCUUUGAUGGAAUUGUGUUAGAUGACAAAGGACAAUCAUUCAAUGUGUAUGGAUCUCCACGCCAUAGACGUCACAGAAAUAACAUGAUGAUGGCAAUGGUAUUUGGUGUUACAGCUCUGGGAGCUGUUAUGGUGCCGGUUGGGUUUCAGGUUUUGUCAGUUAUUAGCGGAAAAGCACUCCUACUGGCUAAAAUGGCUUUGCUGUUGGCUUCAAUUAAUGGUUUAAAAAGGAUUGCCAAUAGUGGUGUUCAUUAUGGACUGUAUCAAGUUCCACAUGAUCCUUAUGGCUAUCCGCAUGGCUAUUACGAUCGUGGAGAUGCCCAACAUCCACGGAACGUUCCAAAUCCUAUGGCGAAUCGAAUUGAUGAUGUUUAGAUUGUAAAAAUAAAAAGUUAAU